ACCAGCCGGUAACAGCGAGGUACGUUCCUGCUCUUCCAUUCGCGCUGCACCUUUUGUCACCCUCGCCCCGUGAACAGCCCCGACAAUUCCAAAGCGUGCCCUUCCAUUCGCCGCUGCGCACACGACCACUCCAUCCGUGGUUCACAGCGCGAUUGCCUACCGAGCACCCCUCAAAAGCGAGCCUCAAAAGCGAACCUCAAAAGCGAGCCAGUUACCGCGCGUGAUCAAAUCUAACAGUGAAAAAGGCUGCCCGCGUCGGCUUCUGCCCCCGUGUCUCCUGUCUUCGAACGACUUCACAUCCAGGACACUCGCACCUACUACCGAGCAUAUCCAGCUACUGCGACCGACACUGUGAAAGUUCGACCAAAACUUGUCCAGGCACAACACAGGCAGGGCUUGAGCAUAUACCUUUAAUACCCUUAAUACUAUCCUCACACACUCCGACUCGAAGCUCUGCAGCGCUUCCAACAUGUCUGUACCAAACCGAGACUCCGCGACGUCUACCAGCCACGACCAAAACGCUCAGGAAAGCGUAUUAUUCGAAAGGAUCAGGGAAUUUGUCGCCUCUCUUGGGCUCACUGCGAGUGAUGGGCUUAUCCAACAUGCUGGCGAGACCAAGCACGAGGACUUGAAGGUUAUCGUGGAUCCUCAAAACCACGAGUGCUCUGUGACCUGCACAGCAGAGUCUCAUGGUACUCUCACACCCGCCGUUUCCAUUCGUUCGGUACCCGAUCGGCUGCAGUCUCUAAUUCCUCCCUCCAACUACGGUGCCGUUCUUCCAGGUUGCAUAUACCGCAGCAGCUACCCCGAGGAGAAGAACUACGGAUUCCUCAAAGAUGUUGGAAUCAAAACAAUUCUGACUCUGGUCCCAGAGCCACUCUCAUCAGAGUAUCAGGGCUUCAUGAAGGAGGCUGGUAUACAGCACUUCCACGCCCAUAUCAAGGCCAACAAGGGCGAAGUUCGCGUUGAAUCGUGCGAAAUGUCACGAGCUCUGCGCCUGAUCAUGGAUCGCACCAACCAUCCGAUCCUCGUCCACUGUAACAAGGGCAAGCACCGCACAGGAUGCACCAUUGCCUGCUUUCGAAGGAUUCUUGGAGUUGACCCAGAGACUGUUCGCGAAGAGUACCACACCUACGCUGGUGUCAAGGCUCGCUUCCUUGAUGAAGUCUUCUUCGAAAAUUUUGACCUUAACUUGGUCAUGUGGAUAGCCCGCCAGGAGGGCUGGGUUGCGCCUGCAAUCGAUGUUGCACCACCCACACCACCAGCUUCGGUCACAUCAAGCGCUAGCGCAAAAGCUGUCGCUCUCGCUUGAUACUUUCCUUGGUCACAUUGCAUUCUCAGGCGUUCCAAAAAGGUCUUUGGGUAUGUCGGAUCACAUUGGCAAAUGUUGAGGUUUCAGCGCGGCGUUCUAGGCUCGGAAGGCAUACUAGGACCAGUGGGCAUUGGGUACAGGAUCGUGGCGUUUGAAUUCAAAAUGCUGUUGAUUGGAGGACCAGAAAAUUGUCUAUAUCUCCAAGCGGGAUCUGUUUCUUUGGUCUGCAUCCGGAUGGUCUU